UCCCCCAACAAAGGAGAGAUUUGGUAUUUUAAAUACCGAUCUAGUAUUACAUUGUAACUCCUUCUCAUAAACCGAAACUAACACAUGAUUUGCACCUAUAAAUAGAAUACAUGUAUAGCUACUGUAAAUUUCCGGGAUUUUUUCCAUAAGAUUUUCAUCGUCCAUUUCAUCAAUUAAGACUUGUGAGAAUAACAAGAAGGGAGGGGAGAAAGAUGUAACUUAAAACAACGUCUGAUUAGACUCUUGGUUGGUCUAAAAUACAGACAAUUAUUUAAAUACUUUCCACGAUGGAUCCUAUUCCUCCGACUCCUAUCAUAUCUAUCUCACAACGAUGCCGACCGCGCAUGCCCAGGAAACAGGAUCUUGAAGCUUUGAGGGAAUUCUUGAAACACACUGACACCAGGACAGUUGCUUUAGCGUUGCAGAUUACGGGGUGCCUGGAUAGACGAUUGGAUGUGGGUGAUAUCACGUGGGGAGAACUAUUUCGGACCCUGGUCUUCAGGGACUACAGUUUCGUGUCAUCAGACGAUCUUUGUAGACGUUUCUUUGACCACGGCUAUCAGGAACUGGCCAGGAGUCUUUAUAUGCAUUUUUUAUACGCAGAAUCACAUUCUCAGUCGCUGGUCACUGUAAAACGGUCGGUUCCCAUCAAUAAAAAGUCGAUACAUUUGUAUUUUAAGAAUCUCAAACGUUUAGUUCAUAAUGCUCAGUUUAAAGAUCCACGGAGUUUUUUCCGGAAACAGGCUCGUCUUUUGCAAAACCAGAUUCAACACGAGAGAGCAGAAUCUAAACGGCAGUUUCUCUCAGACAAAUAUAUUGCUUUACUGGGAGCAGAAAUUGACGCAAUUGCUAUUACUUAUGAUGUAACAUUACCUGAUCAAGACAUUUUCACAGAACUAAAAUCGCUUGCUGUAAACUCGACAGACGCCUCAAUAUCUGAAGUCGUUUUCUUCGGGAGAAAAGCUAAUGCUUUGGCUAUUGCUAAGAAGUUUUCAGAAGGGGAAGACAUGGUUAAACAGGCCCAUUGUUGCGCGAACUUCACCGGGCCGUGUCUAGAGAUAGCAAACAUGAUCUACAUUGACGUGUACUUCAAGCUGUGGCAGUUCGAACAGACGCCUACGACGGAAUUGAAGGAAUCGCUUCUUUACGAAGGCAGCAAAGGACUGUGGGCACUUAGCGAGGAGGAGGAAGAAAUCAGGAAUCUGUGGAAGAGGAUGUUUCUCCUAAGGAUGAUAUUUUGUCUGGUGGGAUUAAGUAACAAGGGUCGUUGUAUUCCGGGUUGCGUUAUUUGCGAAGAGGACGUGGACAGGGCAGAAAAGUAUAUGAACGAGAUCAAUCUUAAAGACAUCGAAGCAAGACGAGAAAUGAUGUACUACAUUGCUAAGGCCAGGAUAAAACAGCUCAGAAGAAUGUUUGAUGAUGCUAACUCGGAAAUUGAUAGGGCAGAAGCUAUAGCACAGUCUGGAAACUUCAAGGAGAUUGACUCGAUAAUGGAAUAUAGAUCUUUCCUUAAAAAGUUGGGCUCAGAAACGGAGGUCAAAACAGUCCUCGAUGAACAACACGAAGAUUUAGCUGAUGCACCAUCUUUGUUGAUCCCAUCUCUUGAAUCUCUAGGAUUAACAGAGACUCGAGACUCCGAAGAGACUUCAGUGAAGGUGGAACCAUAUAUGGUUGACAAAGUUGGUAACCAACCCCACAAUGUCGACGGUGUUGUAUUAGAACCAAGUCCGUAUAACUCGUGGUCAGUGCUGGGGGGACAGUUUCCGUCCGCUUCGUCUUCGGAACAGUCCGAUGAUUCAGUGGAAUAUAGUAUUAUUUCCAAGGAACCGGUACAAGAGACUCACCGUCCCAGACUGUGUUUGGAUUGCCCUAGGAACUCUAUCGAACCAGUACAGAACAUUCCACAAGAUUUAUACUCGGCGCUUGAAAUUAAAGAUGCUACAAAAUUAGAUUCUUUGAUAUUAAAUUACAGAAAUGACCCACAUGUAAACCAAGUGGUCACUGAACAAGACAGAAAUUGUUUGACUUUGUCUACUCACGAAAUAUUAUCUGACGACGAUAACAGACUCCGUCUCUCCUCUUUUGAUAACGGCUAAUAUCUGUAUAUAAACAAAAUAAGUAAACUCUCAGCCAUUACAAUGUCAUUUAUUAAGUUAUUGUGAUAAUUCGAUAACAUCUUUGUAACUUAUCUCUGUGUGUUAAGAUGCUUGCACUUUGAAGCAUAGUGAAUUUGGAAAGAAGUGUUAUCUUACUUUGACCUAUGUAUGCAUUUUUGUAAAGGUCAGUUUUUAAGCUGAACUAUGUUGAUGCAUAUGAAUUCAAAGUAGUUGUUAUAAUAUUUAUUUACCAAAUGCAGAAGAAAAAAGUUAAACAUAUCAUCCUUAUAAGGUGCAAAUCAUUGGUGUAGAUUGAAACACAAAGCAGUUUUCCGUUGACUUUUUUAUUCAGGGAAGGAUAUAUUUUUGUUCUUAAGGCGUAAAGCAUUCUCUUUUUGACAACCGUUCGCUCCACUAAAUAAAACUAACGCAACAUUUGGAAAUGAGUAAAUGUGUGAAUUCUUG